GUGACAAAGGCCCCGCCGCAUGGCUGCCAUGGAAACGAGCUCCUCAUCAACUACUGCUUGCAGCUGCGGCAGUUGACCCCGCAGAGGACUCAAGCAGAAACUCGACGUCCACGGUAAUCAUGCAGGCCAGCAGGGAACAGAUGAUGCUUCCGGACAGGGUCAUCAGGGAAUUCCCACAGUGCUACACACCUGAAUCCUCCCUGCAGCUGAAGAAAGACUGGGACAUUCAAGCCAUUGUAGCCUGUAACAACAGUGGUGCCAGGCCCCAGCUGUGGGACCCAAACAAAAUGUCAAAAGUGGUGGUGGUUGGCGAUUUUAAUGUUGGGAAGACCUGCAUCCUUAAAAGAUUUUGUAAAAAUGUGUUUCUAAGAGGAUACAAAGCCACCAUAGGAGUGGACUUUGAGAUUGAGAGGUUUCACAUAUGUGGAGUACCCUUUUCUCUUCAGAUCUGGGAUACUGCAGGUCAGGAAAGGUUUAGGUCUGUCGCUUCUGCGUUCUACAGAGGUGCUAUGGUCAUUGUCUCAGUCUUUGACAUGGCAAACAUUAAGUCUCUAGAUCAUGCACGCCAGUGGUUGCAGGAGUCCUUGAAAGAAAAUGAGCCUGAGUCCGUUUCCAUCUUCUUGGUUGGUAAUAAAACUGACCUAUUGCCCCGUCAGGAAAGAUGGAGGACAGAAAAAGAUGCUAUCAGCAUUGCCAAAGAAAUGAAUGCAGAGUUUUGGGCUGUUUCGGCUAAAACGGGAGAGAACAUACAGGACUUUUUCUUCAGGGUGGCAGCUUUGGCAUUUGAGAGCUGCGUACUGAAAGAAGUAAGAAGUGCAGUUCAUGCUGGGAUCGGGCCUGGAGAUGGUAUCGGGUCAGAUUGUGCCAACAUGGAGGAGGAGACAUCACCCAAAGCCAAGAAGAGAAAGUGUUGCAGAUGAAAACUGGAACAGUCAAAACUGCUGAGACCAAAAGGGACUAAGCGUGCUCCACUGAACUGAAAAUGUGACUUAAGACAUGUUCUAUUAGAUUUAGUUGAGGUACCCUGAUGGUUUUUAAAGGCUUAACCUACAGUCAUUGGUUUGAAGCUGCCAGUAAGGGGCAUUUUUCACUGAUACUAAGUCAGUGAAAAAUUAGGAUUAAUGUGUCUCUUUACAGUCAGCCCAGGUCACAGUGUCCUCCUGUAGUUUUGGACAAUUCUAUACAGGUGGACUGUAGUGCUCAGACUGAAAUUUUACAUGUAUAUUUUAGAUUUCAUUCUUUAUACUGUCAUACUUUUUAUUCUUCUGAUCAAUUUUAUUGUGAAAUAUGUGUUACCCAUUGACACAUUACACUAACACACACAAUGUUGUAAACAAAGUAAUAAAAGUGCAAAUGGGUUUUUGUUAACAUGUUUAUUUUAAGUAUUUGAAAUAUGAUUCAUACAGUCAUUGUUAAAAAAAACAAACAUUCUUUUGGU